GCAGACUUGGAGCCAACUUCGGUGACAUGUCAAUGCAGACAGAAUGUUUCAAUAAUCAAAUGUAUAAAGUUAUUUUAAUAAUUAAGUGGCGUAAAAAAUCAUGAAAUACAAUGAAAAAGAGUUAAUUGAAAUAAGUCGGGGUAUUGGUGAAUUGGAAGGACGUUUAAAUCACAAACGGGCACAUAAAUCAGUAUUUAAAGAACGAUGGUUCAAACUGAAAAGCAACUUGUUAUUUUACUUCAACAUCACUGAACUGGGUCAGGUUGACGAAAAACAACCUGCUGGAAUAAUAAUCCUCGAGAACUACAAUGUCAACACUGAUGCCGCGUCAGAAGGACCAUUUGCUUUCAGCAUCGUGUUUAGAGAUGAGCAAGACAAGCGUCACAUUCUCACUGGCAGGUCUGAGUCACAAGUGAGCCAAUGGGUGUCUGCGUUGAAGCAAGCCAGCUACGAGUAUUGGCGCUCCCAGCUGAUAAUGCUUCAGGAAAAAUUAUGUCAGAAGACUGGUAAAGAUCCAUUACUCAUUUUUCCACGUAACCGUGGAGUCAUCAGAGAUGAAGCCUGGAAUACAACGACCACUUUCCGAUCUCACAUACGUUCAUUAACUGGUUCCACGUCCUCGUUGACUUCUGUUAUUAAUAAGGAAACAAAUCUCAUCGAGCUAUCGUAGCCA